GUCACCUGACCUCAGCCUGCUUCCUCUUUCUCUUGGAUUGAUUCCUCCUGCAGGAGCGGAAUCUGCGCUGCCUCAUCCUGACGAUCAGAGCUCAGCCAGCAGCGCAGCGCGGAGAUGUUGGCCCUCAUUCACCGGCUCCUGGACUGGUUCAGGUCGCUCUUCUGGAAGGAAGAGAUGGAGCUGACGCUGGUGGGACUGCAGUACUCUGGAAAAACCACUUUUGUCAACGUGAUCGCUUCUGGUCAGUUCAAUGAAGACAUGAUCCCUACAGUCGGCUUCAACAUGAGGAAAGUCACCAAAGGCAACGUCACAAUAAAAAUUUGGGACAUAGGUGGACAGCCGCGGUUCAGGAGCAUGUGGGAGCGAUACUGCCGGGGCGUCAAUGCCAUAGUGUAUAUGGUUGAUGCUGCAGAUCGUGAAAAGGUUGAAGCCUCAAGAAACGAGCUACACAACUUGUUAGACAAACCACAGCUGCAAGGCAUUCCUGUACUUGUUCUUGGCAACAAAAGAGAUCUCCUCAGCGCACUAGAUGAGAAACAACUUAUCGAAAAGAUGAACCUGUCUGCCAUUCAAGACAGAGAGAUCUGCUGCUACUCCAUUUCAUGCAAAGAGAAAGACAAUAUAGGUGAGAGUUACUGCAUUUUAUACACAUCCAAUUGUAAAACUGUGAUGUUUGGUCAGGUGACCCUUCGCUUGUUCAGUUAGUUUGAUUGACAGGCG